ACACCACACUCCACAACGAGGGCUUUGGCAGGGUUUUACAAAACAACGCUCCUCAGUCCUCACUCCUAGUUCUCCCUCCCACUCUCACUUCCGCUAUAACUUUCGUCUUCUCCUCCGUUCUCCUUUUUUUUUUUUCAUUUUUCCCGCCCCCAAAACAAUUACUCUUCUUGUCCAUUUCCACCUUCAUCUCCACAUCCAAAAACACAAUUUUAGGGUUUUCCGCCAUUACUCCAAGCUCCAAAAAUGGUGUCCCCUAAACAACUCCUUUCGACAAUUGAAUCAACGCUAUUAAGUUCUUCUCCUCCUUCACCUUCCGACCGUAUUGAACUUAUGCACGCAAUUCGAAGCUCUCUUUCUUCUCUCCAAAACCUCCUCUCUUAUCCUUCGCCGAGACCAGCGGAUCGGACGGAGGUGCAAUCGAAAGAAGUCCGGUUGCCGAGCUUGCCACCGAUAUCGUUGGACGAUCAGGAUGUCCAACUUGCACUGAAACUGAGUGAUGAUCUUCACCUCAAUGAAAUUGACUCUGUUCGGUUGCUCGUUUCUGCUAACCAAGAGUGCGGCCUGUUAGGACGAGAACCUUUGGAGAUUUUACGUCUAGCAACUGGACUCUGGUAUACGGAAAGAAGAGAUCUAAUCACAGCCUUAUAUACACUAUUAAGGGCUGUUGUGCUUGACCAGGAUCUUGACGGGGAUUUAGUGGCCGACAUUCAAAAAUACUUGGAGGAUCUUAUAAAUGCUGGGCUUAGACAACGGUUGAUAAAAUUAAUCAAGGAACUCAACUGGGAAGAACCAGCUGGUGCAGGGGGCCCAAAUGCUGAGCGUUAUAUCAUUGAUGCUCGUGGUGCUGUUGUAGAGCGACGAGCAGUUGUUAGCCGGGAAAGACUUAUCCUUUCUCAUUGCCUUGUUCUGUCUGUUCUGGUUGUGCGGACAAGUCCCAAAGAUAUAAAGGAUAUCUUCUCUGUUCUGAAAGACAGUGCUGCUGAACUUAACAGCUGCACAGACACCGCAAAAUAUCAGAUAACAUAUGGCAUCCUCUUUUCUCUUGUAAUUGCAUUCACCUCUGAUGCUCUCAGCACUGUCCCAGAGAAAGUUUCUGUCCUUUCUUGUGAUGCUUCCUUCAGACAAGAAUUUCAGGAAAUCGUGAUGGCUCCUGUUAAUGAUCCAAAUAUUAGCGGCUUGGUUGAUUGUGUAAGACUGGCGUGGUCAGUACAUUUGAUGUUAGUACAAGAGGGAAUUGCGGCAAGGGACGCAAUCUCUAGUGCUUCGUCCAAAGACUUGCAGAAUAUCAAUUCUUGUUUGGAAGUCAUCUUCUCAAACAACGUGUUUCAAUUUUUCCUUGACAAAGUCCUUCGGACUGCUGCUUAUCAGAAUGAUGAUGAAGAUAUGACGUAUAUGUACAAUGCUUAUCUUCAUAAGCUUAUCACUAUCUUCUUGUCCGAACCACUUGCCAGAGACAAGGUGAAAGAGUUGAAAGAGAAGGUUAUGAAUAUGCUAAGCCCUUAUCGCAUGGGUGGACCUCAUGGCUUUUCUCAGUUUGACAACAUGAAUGCUGACCAUGCUCCUGAAGUGGACCGUCAACCAUUUAUUUCUUUAUUGCAGUUUAUCAGUGAAAUUUAUCAGAAAGAACCGGAAUUACUCUCUGGGAAUGAUGUUUUAUGGACGUUUGUGAAUUUUGCUGGGGAAGACCACACUAAUUUUCACACACUGGUUGCUUUUUUGAAAAUGCUCGGUGCCUUGGCAUGCAGUGAAGACGGUGCCUCAAAGGUGUUUGAGCUGCUUCAAGGAAAAACUUUUCGUUCUGUUUCUUGGAGCACUUUGUUUGAUUGCCUGUCAAUAUAUGCGGAAAAAUUUAAGCAGUCCCUGCAGAGCAACGGGUCCUCGCUCCCAGAGUUUCCAGAAGGAGAUGCAAAAGCAUUGGUUGCAUAUUUGACUGUUAUUCAAAAGGUUGUGGAAAAUGGGAAUCCGAUUGAACGGAAGAACUGGUUUCCUGAUAUCGAGCCAUUAUUCAAGCUCCUUAGUUAUGAAAAUGUGCCUCCUUUUCUGAAGGGUGCCCUGAGAGAUGCCAUUGCAAUGUUUAUCCAAGUUUCUCCAUUGAUGAAAGACACUAUAUGGGGUUAUCUUGAGCAGUAUGAUCUGCCUGUUGUAGUUGGACCUCAAGCUGUAAACACUGCACAACCAAUUUCUACACAGGUGUAUGAUAUGCAGUUUGAGUUAAAUGAAAUUGAGGCAAGGAGAGAAUAUUAUCCCUCGACAAUCUCUUUUAUAAAUCUUCUGAAUGCUCUUAUUGCUGAAGAAAGAGAUUUCAGUGAUAGAGGCCGCAGGUUUGUUGGUAUUUUCAGAUUUAUAUAUGACCAGGUCUUUGGGCCGUUUCCUCAAAGAGCCUAUGCGGAUCUGUCCGAAAAGUGGCAGCUGGUAGUUGCUUGUCUUCAUCAUUUCCGAAUGAUAUUAAGUACAUAUGAGAUAACAGUUGAGGACAUUGAGAGUGUUGUUGACCGUUCACAACUUUCAACAGUUCAACAGCCUGCCCAAUUCCAACUGCAGCUUCCUGUUGUUGAGCUUAUGAAGGAUUUCAUGAGUGGUAAAACAGUAUUUAGAAACAUCAUGAGUAUUCUCUCGCAUGGGGUUAACACUAUUAUCACUGAACGCACCAGCCAAACAUAUGGUGGCCUUCUGGAGAAAGCAGUUCAUCUGUCUCUGGAGAUCAUAAUUCUUGUUUUAGCAAAGGAUUUACAGCUUGCUGAUUACUGGCGCCCUCUUUAUCAGCCUUUGGAUGCGAUACUUUCACAAGAUCAUAAUCAAAUUGUAGCUUUGUUGGAGUAUGUGAGAUAUGAUCUACAGCCACUUAUCCAGCAAUGCUCCAUCAAAAUCAUGAGUGCAUUGAGCUCUCGUAUGGUUGGGCUUGUUCAAUUGCUGCUGAAUUCUAAUGCUGCAAGCUCCUUGGUAGAGGAUUAUGCUUCCUGUCUGGAGAUACGCUCACAAGAAAGCCAGAGUGUAGACAACAGUAGUGAUGAUCUGGGUGUGCUCAUACUCCAGCUUUUAAUUGACAAUGUCAGCAGGCCAGCACCAAAUGUGACUCAUCUGCUACUCAAAUUUGAUCUAGAUACUCCAAUUGAGCGUACAGUUUUACAGCCAAGAUUUAAUUACAGUUGCUUAAAGGUUAUUCUUGAUAUGCUGGACAAACUUUUGAAGCCAGAUGUAAAUGCAUUGCUUCAUGAAUUCGAGUUUCAGCUCCUUUAUGAGUUAUGUGUUGAUGAACUUACAUCUGGUCCAGUGAUGGAUCUAUUGAGUAGUAAGAAAUAUAAUUUCUUUGUUAAGCAUUUGGAAACGGUCGGCAUUGCUCCACUUCCUAAAAGAAAUAGUGCACAGUCUUUAAGAACCAGCUCACUUCAUCAGAGAGCUUGGUUGUUGAAGCUUCUGGCGGUGGAGCUGCACUCUGGUGAUAUGGCAAAUCCUUGCCACAGAGAAACAUGUCGUAAAAUCCUUGCUCAUCUGUUUGGGCAAGCUAUGAAUGAACUGGAGGGUGAUCAAGAGAAUGCUACUUCCUUUGCUGAGCAAUAUAGAGAAAGUGCUGCAACAAGAACAAUCAGUAAGAGCAAGGCAUUUGAGCUCCUUGAUAUCAUUCAAUUUAGACCUCCUGAAGCCACUAUGGACUAUUCAAAAGUUGUAUCAAAUGCUAAAUGCAGCUUGCUAGCUGAGGAGAUACUUCGAAAUUCUGCACCUGAAAAGAAUGGAGUAUAUUAUUACUCAGAGCGAGGUGAUCGUCUAAUCAAUCUUACCUCAUUCCGAGACAAACUCUGGCAGCUGAGUUCCUUUGGCAAUGAACUCGACCUUAAUGACUUGCGAGAAAGUGUUCAACAAUUGCUUAGAUGGGCUUGGAAAUACAAUAGAAAUUUGGAGGAACAAGCUGCCCAACUUCAUAUGCUAACUGGCUGGUCGCAGAUUGUUGAGAUCUCUGCUUCAAGAAGAUUGUCAUACCUUGAAAGUAGAACUGAAGUCUUGUUUCAAUUGCUUGAUACCUCUUUGAGUGCUUCUGCUUCACCUGACUGUUCUCUUAAGAUGGCACUUCUGCUGACUCAGGUCGCCCUCACAUGUAUGGCCAAGUUGCGGGAUGAUAGAUAUAUAUAUCCUGCUGGUUUAAAUUCAGAUGCUGUAACGUGUCUUGAUGUUAUCAUGUUUAAACAAUUGUCAAAUGGAGCUUGUCUUUCUAUAUUGUCUAAACUUUCUCAGGCAUUACUAAGGCACGACUCAUCAGAAGCCUUGAGAAGAAGGCAGUAUGCAUUGUUACUCAGUUAUUUCCAGUACUGUCAACAUGUGCUUGAUCCAGAUGUACCAAGAACGAUGCUUCAGUUACUACUUGGUACUGGACAGGACAAUGAAGAUAUUGAUCUUGAAAAGAUUGACAAAGAGCAAGCCGAACUGGCACGAUCAAACUUUUCUAUUUUGCGGAAAGAAGCUCAAGCUGUUCUGGAUUUGGUAAUAAAAGAUGCAACCCAAGGCAGUGAAUCUGGGAAGACAAUAUCACAUUUUGUUCUUGAUGGGUUAAUAUGUAUAGAUCAUGAGAAAUUCUUCUUGAACCAACUUCAGAGCAGAGGAUUCCUAAGGUCUUGCUUGAUGAGUAUUAGCAGCUUUUCUUAUCAGGAUGUUCGACGCACUAUGGAGGCUUUGCAGAGAUCCUGUACGCUUGAGGCUGAACUUGCUUUGAUGUUGAGAAUUAGUCAUAAGUAUGGGAAGGCCGGGGCCCAGGUUUUGUCUUCCAUGGGUACCUUGGAGCAUUUGUCUUCUUGCAAAGCACUAUAUCUGCCAUUGAAGGGAAGCUUAAGGCAUGUGGAGAAUAGGUUUGCAAGGGGACUACCUGCCAAUGCUGACAGGCAACAAGUUAUAGCUGCUCCAGUAUUGAGAUUGGUGUCAUCUCUUACUUCAUUGGUCGAUGCAUCUGAUUUCUUCGAGGUGAAAAACAAAAUUGUCCGAGAAGCCAUUGAGUUUGUGAAAGCCCAUCCCACUCUGUUUGACCAGGCUCUGCAGGAAAACAUUUUUGAAAUUGAUGAAUUGAUGAUGGAGCUUAUCAAUCUUGUUGUUGGCAUAUUAAGUAAGGUCUGGCCUUAUGAAGAGAAUGAUGAGUAUGGUCAUGUUCAAGGCCUUCUUCGGAUGAUGUGUGAUCUGUUCUCACAGGAUGCUGAAUCAUUUUCUUCCAUCUCUUCUGGGUUCUCUCCCAUGAACCAAAGGAGGUUGGAACUAAAGAAAUUUCAUAUAGGUUUCGGACUCAGUUCGUACCUUUAUUUUCAAGUGACAAAGAAAUCCCUUAGGUUGCAGGUUUCGGAUGGUCAAUCUGCUUAUCACAAAUCUGGCAGAAAGCAGCAACCAACUUUAGCAUUGGUUGUCCAUUUUCUCAACACUGUGACCACUGCUCUUGAAAGGGCUGCUGAUGAGAAAUCUCAGUUACUUAACAAGAUUCAAGACGUAAAUGAGCUAUCAAGACAGGAAAUAGAUGGCAUAAUCAAUACCUUUACAGAGAAGACUCGUGUUUCUUCAUCAGACAACACAAACACAAGGCGGUAUAUAGCAAUGGUGGAGAUGUGUCAGAUAGUUGGCGACCGAGAUCAGCUGGUCACUCUAUUACUUCUACUAGCAGAGCAUGUGCUGAAUGUGAUCCUCACUCAUUUCCAGGACGUUUCCUUUAUAGCUGGAAGUGGAACCAAUGGAACUGCAAAGCUAAUUACACAUACUUCAGAUGUGGAAUCCAAACAGGAUCUUUCAGCGUUAUGUGGAAAGUUACUUCCCAUCUUAGAAAGAUUGGAAUUGCUAAAUGAGGAUAAGGUUGGACAGAGUCUUAAAGUAUUUUGCAGAUUGGUAACUUCACUCAAGGAAUUGACCAUCCGAAAGCUGGCGUUGUGACUGCCAUCGAGCUGAGAGUUUUGUUAGGAUUUAGGGUUGGUUAAUUUAUAUUCUAUCAUUGUAUGUACCAUAUGUAUUAUGUAUCCCUUGGGAUCUUUUAGAGAGGUUAAACGCCUACCUGUGUUCAAAAGUCAUUGCUUGUGUAUAUAUAUAUUCACUCUUCCCCUUUCGCUUCCGUUUGUUCAGCCUAUGUUAGGCUAGUCGGGCGAUCAAUUGUAUCUCGAGGGCAGUGGACAGUAUGGAAAUUCUUUACGAGAUUCGUACAUAUACUAAAUAGGCUAAAAAUGUGGUUGCAUUUCUAUAGGUUUUCAAAAAAUAGUUCUAUUCAUGCAACACUUUUUUUCCCCGAAUGUAUGUAGAAUCACAAAGAGCAGUAGUUGAUUCUAGGUUUAGGAUAUCUUUCCUUGUAAUAUAAAUUGAGACCAAGAAAAGGGUGGCUGAUGUAUCACUUUAUUUUUAGAUAUUCUCAGGGUUUCAAAGUUUAUGGUAAAUAACUCUGGGCUAAUUUAAAUAAACUUUGUUUUAAAGUA